GUUGCCGGCUCGCUCGAGUCACGGGUGUUUAACCGAAUUGCAGGCUCUGUGGCUCAGUGCGCGAGCAAGCGUGAUACGGAAUGAACGUGUGGUGCAUUUUGCGCGGACGUUAACACGGCGAUAUAUUUUUUAUUUGCGUUUUAUACAGACCAGAAUUUAAGCCGUUUUGGAGUAUAAAUUGGGACAUAUAAAAGUUUUUUAUGUCCAAUACUUACUUUCAAAUAGUUCGCGCAGAGUUUUGACCAAAAUUGUGAACUUCCGUAUAGACGCGAAAAACAAGUGAAGAAGACGUUAUUUCGAAAUAGAAGAACUGUUUUGUACAUUUUCGCAACUUUUGCGAAAUUGUGUUCAAAAAUACUGGCUUGUUUGUGGUGGGUGACAUAAAAAAACUGCCCUAAGCCAUCUAGAUCAGGUUCAAUCUGUGGUCAACGAACAAAAAACAAAAAGGCAACGAUUCACUAACAUUGCAACUUCAUUCGACAAAAUUCUUGUUUAGUUCAUUCGUAUCGUGACUUUUAGACGUUUUUCAUAAAUUACAGUGAUUCGUAUAAAAUUUCGUGCCGUGGUGGAUCAGUUGGCGAAUAUAGUAUCGCGUCACAAGAACUAAAUCCUGGAUAUCAACUAGUGCCUUCUUGGUUUCUACAUCAUGUCUACUGCCAUAAUGCAUCAGUCUGCGCUGUACGAUUUUGGUGAUCUGUUCUUGAAGAACCAGUCUCGACCAGUGCAGACAAUGAACAGCGCGCUGGGGCCCGUUGGUGCUACAACUGUCACCAGCAGCGUUAGCUGGGAACAACAUCCAGCUCUCGCGCGGGCUGCAUCUGUUCCAGCUCAAAGAACCCUCGUCGGCAUUCUGAACAGUCUUGGCCACCGCCGCCUGGAGCGUACUACUAGUGACCCAGCUCCACCGCCUCCAGCCACCAGCAGAUACAAGACGGAACUGUGCCGACCCUUCGAGGAAGCCGGUGUGUGCAAAUAUGGAGACAAAUGUCAAUUCGCGCAUGGGAUCCGUGAGCUCCGCAAUCUUCAACGCCACCCUAAAUACAAGACCGAGCUGUGCCGUACCUUCCACUCUGUAGGAUUCUGUCCUUAUGGUCCACGAUGCCACUUCGUCCAUAACGCUGACGAGGCAAGACCCCGGGAAUCAUCAUCAUCUGGUGGAUCUGUAGCGUCGCUGUCUUCUGGGGGCUCGCUUGCGUCUUACAUGAGUGACGGAUCUCGCUCUCCCAGAUCACCUCAUUCACCGCUGGCACCGCAGUCUCCGUUGACUCCUCAGUCACCGCCAGCUAUAUCUCCGCCAGCAUCGGCGUUUGCGUUCCGCCGUGCCCAGUCCCCGGAACCCGAGGAAGAGCGACUCCCCGUAUUCAACCGCUUGUCGUCGGCAUUCGGAGAUCUUGUGAUCGCCUAGAUGCGAUCAACUAGUCCUAAGUUAACGAAUCGAGCGUAGCGUAAAUCGUCCGUCACCUAAGUGCCUCCUCGACGUCUUCCAGCGGCCGAGCCGUCCCGCUCGUCGCGCUUUUGCCCGCACACCCGCUCAACGAAUGAUCUCCAGUCUACUGAUGUCCUAAGUACAUUGCCUUGUAAAAAUUGUAUUGUAAAGAUAAAGUGUUCACUGGCGUCUCGAAUGUUUGCGGUGUGAAUAUAGUCGUAUGUACAUCAUUUAAGUUAUCGGCACGCACUUGUAAAUGGCACCUUAUAAUUUUAGAAUAUUUAUUUAGUAGCUCGCGGAUGUCUUCCCGAUGCGAUCCUCCGCCGAGCGGUGGUCUCUGUAAAGUUAGUUUAUAGUUACAUUAUUAUUUAUUUCGUAAACUGCCUAUCCGCGCUCGGUACCGUACCGCGAGAAGGCGCUCGUGAUCUAUUUUUAAGGAUUAAGAUAAUAAUUUAUUAUUUAUUUCGAGUCUCUUUAACUAUAAUUAUUAUUCAUAGUGAUUCCGCACCGCAUUCGGACGGGGCAUGCGUCGACGGGACGUGGCUCGUUUCGUGUCGAUCUCCUCCACUUUUGGUACAUCAAUCUAAUUGUUUUGCCUAAAAUAUGCACAAGUGGAUCUGACUGACAAGACUUGAAACUUGACGGGUUUAUUUUUU